AUGGCAGUCGCUUCCAGUACUAUCAUCAUCAUCGUCAUUUGCGCCUCCCUGGUCGUCCUCAUACUAUCCAUAUCCUCUCGUUUCAUUCUCAAGCUUCGCGCGAGAAAAAGCGCACCUUUACCACCAAAGCAGCCUCUUGCCCGUCACAGAGCAUCGUAUUACAAGACACCCUUCGGUUCUUACAACUCAAAUAACGGCGACGGAAGCAGUAGGGUCAGUUUAUCAAGUCAGGAAAGGUUUCCUUCAGAUGUGACUUCGGCCUUGACGAGACUUUCCUAUGUGGAGGAUAAGUCACUUCCUUCAACAAUCGCCCAGUCUUCUUCACAGCUGAAAGAGUCGAGGCUAGGAUUGCCGACUCCAUCGUUCUAUCCAACAGUGACGACCAGCGACUCUUCAAUUACAUCUCGCCAUUCGUCUUCUGAACGAAGCCAUUCACCCGUUGCGGGCGGUAGCCCCGAUCCUGAAACGAUACCUUUUCCGCAUGUCAUGCCUCCGGAUCUAAUUCCGCUACCAACUCCCCCCGCUCAGUCAAUACCGCUUUCGUCUUCUACGUUAAGAAGUCAAGGUUCUCGACCCCGGCCUCUUUCACAUGUUUCGACAACGUCGUCGCAUCUCAGUACCUCGAGAAGUUUCAGUGGUAACACGCAUGCCAGACGGAGUGGAGUUCCUCACGAUCCGAAUACGGGGGUGCAGAUUGUUUUACCUGCCCCUUUGGCGCUGAUGUACACCGGUGCACCAGGUCCAGGGCCGCCACCUCUACCUCGAGGCGCGACAAUGCGAGAGAACAGACUGUCGUUUGUAGACGCGUGGGCACCAAACGCCGUCAGGGAACACGAGUCGUCUAGCUCAAGUGUCAAGCGGCUGCAUCGACCCAGGACGUCCCUCCACAUAUCAUAUUCACCAUCGUCCUCAUCGCCUCCAUCGUCUCGCCUGCCUUCUAGCCCGCUCACUCCCAACACCCUAUCAUCGCGCUCGAGGGAGCCCUCGUCGUCGUCAUCAUUGAGGCAAGAAGAACGUUCGCGACGGCCAGCCACUGCCCAAUCACGUACCAGCGCUUCAACGUCGCCCAUGAGUUCGAGAUCGGGUACUCCUCCGGGUGCGAUGCCAAUUGAUGGUGUCCUUGAACGUGCGAGCGAGGUUGUUUACGAUCAUUUCGGUGGCUCUGGUGAUCAACCGCUCACCCCGAAGUUGCGGGUUGACGUGCCUGUCGCCGUUUCAUCCUAA